UUAAUGGAUGGAAUAAUAAAUACCCACCAAAUGAACGCAAACAUCUUCUAGAAAACAAUGGGUUCUGAAAAGAUCAAACUUCCCACUAUAGAUUUCAAUUUCACAGAGUUCAAGUCAAACAGUGCUCAAUGGAUCUCAACAAGAAACAAAGUCUUCAAAUCUUUAGAAGAAUUUGGGUGCUUUGAGGCUUUGUACGAUAAAGUUUCAUGGGAAAUGAAGGUAGCUUUGUACAAUGAGUUAGAAAAGCUUUUUGAUUUUUCGUUGGAGACCAAAAUGAAGAAUUAUCGCGAAGAGUCAUUACAUGGCUACUUGGGACCAAAUCCAAAGAUGCAAUACUUUGAAAGCUUGUGUAUUGAAGAUGCUUUUGUUCCUGAAAUAGUACAAUUCUUCACCCAAAUUUUCUGGCCAGAGGGAAAUUCAAAUUUUAGAAAUCUUGUGCAGAACUACUCAAAUAACUUAUCUGAAUUAGACCAAUUAAUCAGAAGGAUGAUUUUGGAACGUUUAGGGAUGGAGAAGUAUAUAGAGGAGCACAUGAAAUCAACGCAUUAUCCUCUUCGUUUUUCCAAGUAUAAAGCACCUCUAUCCAUUGAUAGCAAGCUUGGACUCGUUUCUCACACUGAUAAGAAUGUUUUAACAAUUUUAUGUCAAAAUCAAGUGAAUGGAUUACAAAUUCUCACCAAAGAUAGCCAUGAGUGGAUUGAUGUUGAAAUCUCACCAAACUCAUUCAUAGUCAUCUCCGCUGAUUCUUUACAUGCAUGGACAAAUGGUCGAGUGCAUUCUCCCAAGCAUCAAGUAAUAUUGUGUGGAAAUAUGGAGAGAUAUUCUAUUGCACUAUUUUCAACAUCAAUACCAGGUUACAUUAUAGAGGCUCCAAAAGAACUUGUAGAAGAUGAAAAGCACCCUUUACUGUAUAAGCCAUUUGAUAGUCUCGAGUAUAUAAAGUUUUGUGCUAGAACUGAGACAGGCAAGAAAGCUGAAAAUACUCUCAAGGCUUAUGCAGGCAAUAAUUGAUUUGGUGAUGUUAUUAUUUUAUAUUUAUAGAAGAAGCUACGUUUGUAAUAAAAUUUUUCAAUCUAGAAAGAUUGCAACUUUUUGUUUCUCAA